GAUGUUCAUUACCAGAGGAAGUUGUACGCAAAAUUCAUCAAGUGGAUCAACAAAGUUCCACACUUACUGCAUCCGGUAUUACUGGUUUUUCGGCUCGUAUCCUCGACAAAUCGGAAUAUCGAAUGGAAAAACGUGGAGCUGCUGGUACCGGUGAUAUUAUUGUUGUCCAAUUAGUGGAAAUUAUCAAAAAACCAGGACAAAGUCUUGGUUUAUAUCUUCGAGAAGGUAACGGUACUGACAGGUCAUCGGGUGUAUUUGCAUCACGUUUCGGAGAAAAUUCCGAAUUAGAAAAAUAUGGUGAUAUUAUUCGUCCUGGUGAUGAAAUCUUAUCGGUUAAUAAUGUAGAUGUGUCAGCGAUGAGUAUCGAUGAUGUAGUAUUGGUACUUUCGAUACCACGUCGACUUCUACUUAGGAUACGUUUUAUUAAAAAUAAGCGGGAGAGGAUUACACAAUCACAAUCAAUGGUAACACGGCCAGUAGUCGUUUUUCAACGAAGUGAUCCGGAGCAACAUGAUGAUACACCUUCAUCUACUUUACUCAAUCAUCCAACAUCAACCGCCAAUACAUGGCUUGGAAAGAAGGCUCGUCAACAACAGGUUUGA